AUGUACGAACAGCGGACAACGUACGACGUCGCCGACCGCACCGUUGCCGGUCCUUCGCUCCUCAGGACUGCUCCGCCCGCUCGAACGAUCACCAAGUACAGCGGUCUGGCGCCGACAGAAGCCUUUGCUGCUCCUCGCUCGCAGUCGUACUAUGCGCCACCCCAGGACGUUUCGUACGAGGCUGCUCCCUCGUGCGACUGCCCGAACUGCUGCUCUGGCUCUGCUCCUCGCACCUACGCCGAGUUGCAGCAGCAACAACAGCUGGGUUACGCCGCGUUCUACCCGGCAUCUCCCUCGACGUCGACCCCCUUCUCCUCCGGCUCGACGUACCAAACGCAACUCGCGCCUCCCUUCGUCGAGCAGACCUACUACCGCCCGGCUCCCCGCCAAGUCGAGCAGUACGCGUACACGUACCAGUCGCCCCAGCUCCCUUCGCCGCCCAUCGAAGACCAGCUGCCUCACCUCGGAGAAUUGCCGACCUACCAGCCGGCCUGGCAGCCUGUCGCGUCUCGUCCAGGCUCCUCUUCGAUUCCUACACCACCCGAAGGCCUCAAGCAGUACGAGCAGUCGCAUGGACAAUGGGCCGUCUCGUAUUCGCCCGCGACAAGCCAGUCGCCCUUCCUCCAGACGCCCGUCUCGGACAAGUCGAUGGACCGGCGCCGUAGCAGCGGCGCGUCGUCGUCCCUCGCGCAUGGUGUUACCCGCCGCACGUCGGAGCUGAGCAUCAACAGCCUCGACAGCCCGUUCGGGAGCGAGUACAGCUUCAACGGCGUCGAAGAAAAUCUUCCCUCUCGCAGCGACCGCACGGUCGACUCGCCUACUCCCUUCGUCACGAAGCUCAACCACCUCCUCAACGCGCCCGAGUUCGCCGCCGUCGUCCGCUGGUCGAGCGACGGACACUCGAUUCUAUUUGCGUACGACGAUCCACGGUUCGCCGACGCCUUGCGCAAGGUCUUCCGCCACGACAAGCACAUGUCUUUCGUCCGCCAGCUGAACAUUUACGACUUCAAACGCCUCACGCCCCUCGACCUUCACGCUGCGGUCCAGUCGACGCCGCACCCGGACGCGCCGACCAGCUCGAGCGAGUACGCCGCUUUCACGCACCCGAACUUUUUCCGCGAGACGAACGGCGUCGGACCGGACCUCUCGUCCAUCAAGCCCAAGAACAGCAAGAAGGUUCUUCGCCAGGCGCUCGCGUCGGGUUCGCCUACGCCGACCAAGACGCACAACUUGCGCUCGAGCGGGCGCGUCGGCGGCGGUAUUGGCGACCGCAAGUUCGAGUGA